AUGGGGCCCCCAGGCAAUAGGAGAUCAUGGGGCCCCUAUGUCCUUGCCCAAACUCAAAAAAGCCUAUGAAAAAGGUACCAGGAGCAUCUCAUGGGGCCCCCUACUGACCCCGGGCCCUCGGGCAGCGGCGGAGUUCCCAAAUGGUCAGUCCACCCCUGAUAGUGGGAUAUGCCCGCUGUACUUAGUAUCUGUGGGUGACUGCUGCUGCUCAUCAAAAAAAUUAUGAUAUUGGUGUAAGGGUUUAACUAUUUUGCAACACACUAUCGUACAAUAGAAACUGUUGCAUAUCACUUUUGAACUUGUUUA